AUGUCUGAUUCCCUCAAAGAGAGCCCCAUUCCGAGCAAAAGCCCUAGUCCAAUGGCCAGUCCCAGACUCGAGAACAAUUUAUUUUCAGUAGCCAAUCUUUUGGGAGACAAGAAGUAAGUAUAAUUACCCUCUUUCUAUUAUUAUAAUACACCCAUUUUCAUGGUAUGGCUUAUUAAAAGAUUUUGUGCCGCAGGCGAAAAGGCGGUUGCGGAUCGGAUUUGAAGGCUUUCACAAUAAUUUAAACCUACUCUCCACUAAUCCGCCGCUCUUUCUAGACACCCCGAGGACAGCGAGAAGAUGAAGAACAACAUGAUCGACCAGUUGAACGAGUACUUCAAGAAGGUCCCUGCUCAGAAUCUGGAGUUCAAUCCCUUCCUUCUCUGGGGCCAAUUGGGAGCGAGGAUGUUCAAUUCUGGUAAGCAUAAUUAAGAGCAAAACGAAACUUUAAUCAAAAUCGUCUUUUCCUGGUCUUCUUUUUUUGAUCUAUUGGUAAAUGUUAUGGUAAUACCCAAAACAAAGCGAUGCGCAAGAAAGGGAUGCGCCGAUCUCUUUUUGUCCUGUUAAUAAACUCAUUGGGCCGAGCAAAUCGGGGACAAAAGAUUCCUGGGGACAGCUGUUAUUCAAUCUGUUCAAAGGAUCCGAAGCCGCCGUAAUAGAACAGGUAGAUCGUAUCUUGUUAAUCUUGUUGGAACAACUAAUUAGGGGGCUCGGUGGGAUGUCCAGGAAGAGUUAUGGGAUUUACUUUGAAGUUGGGCUUAGUUCACAUUUGCAUUGCUUUAUUUUACGUUGGAGAUUAUAUUCCACUUAAUUUAUCAAUUUUCGCAAGUUAGUGUGAAUUGUGAAUUGGGAACUGUCUUGGCAAAGAUCCUUGUCCUAAGGCGAUUUCAUUUCGAGAAAUCCUAUUUCCAAUAUUCACAUUGAUAAGCCGGCUCGCAAUCAAAGAAAUGGAUUCUUCCACACCAAUGUAACCCGCUUUGUCAGUCACGGCCAUCAUGAGAUAAAAACAAAACCCUGAGGGCAGAAGGAAUGCGGUUAAGUGCAUUCAAACCUUUUACAGUAGACAAUUUACUUAGACCGAAUUAAUUCCGCCUUUCAAUGCCUGCUUUGGCCAUUGUUUUCGUAAUGGAUAUUGCCCAAUAGACUCGGAGAAAUUGGCCUUUCCCUCCGCCGAAUAAAUGAUUAACUUGUUCUAAUUAAGUGUUAAUUAGUUAAUUAAAACGCCUUCCAAUUCAAACACCGACCACGAUCGGAAUGCCCAGGAUACGGUAGGGAAAGCAACAAUGCAUAAUUAGCAGGUCCUUUAAGAGCGGCGCGCAAUAAGUUUGGCGCUCUUUAAACCCAUCAUCAGAGAGUGGCCCGAUCUCUUUCAUUAGAAUAGGUGUCGUAUAAUAAUGUCAAGUGUGUCUCCGAUUUCAAAGAUUUGGGCAAAACGUCUUAUGAAUAAUUAUCCCCGAUCUUCUUGCAGGUGGACUGGCCCCCAAUCUGUUGGAAGAAUCCAAACGACUUGGCCAUCUCAAUUCCCUGGCCUUCGCCCAUCUGAACAAUGCCUCAGGCUCUUCUUCUGGCACCAGUGAUCCGGGGAAAUUGAGCCGGGAAUCUUCGAAUGCAUCUCCAGUUCAUUCAGAUCACAGUUCCGAACAGAAUGAUGACGAUGGAAGACAUGGUCAUUUGAAUGGCAUCAGGAAAAAGAAAACUCGGACAGUCUUCUCCAGAAGUCAGGUCUCCCAAUUGGAGAUGACCUUUAAUCAGCACAAGUAUUUGAAUACUCCCCAAAGAAGCAGCUUGGCAGCUCAGCUGGGAUUAACGGAUGUCCAGGUGAAGAUCUGGUUCCAAAAUCGUCGCAACAAAUGGAAGAGGACCAAUAAUGGGGAAGAUAUCAAUGCCUCGGCACAGAGACCCCAGAAUGGAAGCACAAUUAUGAGUCCGCUAAACAGUAUUGGGAGCAGGGACGAGGCCAUGAGAUUGCUAUUGCAACAACAAAGUCCAUUUGCGCAGAAUCAGUGAGUUACUUUUAUUAUAAAGUAGGAUAGGGAUCAGAAGUCAUGUGAGGAUGACAAAUGUAAAAAAACAAUUCAUUAAUAGAGAUUAUUGGGCACGAGGAUCCAAUCUUACAGAUGAAUGCCAAUUUGAGUAGAGUGACUUUGGAACCAGAUUUUUUUUCGUUUCAUAAUAUGUACAGAAAUUAAGUGUAACUGCCCCAAAUGGGAUUCUAAGAGUAUUACAGUUAAAACACUUUCUAAAUCAUUUUUUUAGAUUCCUCAGUCAACAAAGCCCUCUUUUAUCAGCACUCCCUUUCUUCAAUCAGCUUCGGAAUCUGACGGUGGAUUCAGAAGAAGGGAAUCUAGAUGUGGCUCGGUUCUUUGCUCUACAAGCACAAAAUUUUAUGAAUACGGCCUCAGGCAGUCAAUCGAAUGGGAACUCCAGUCCAGCCGGGGAAUCAGCCGAUCGAAAAGAGAAAUGGAAUGAGUAA